CACAAAUUUUAUUCGUUUUUCCGCCACGCGUUCGAGCCAAGCCAAAAGCCAAAUAAAAAACUUGCGCAAAAUGCAGACGAGAAAAGUUGAAAAAUUUGCGGGCGUUGCAUUGUUAAUGCUGCUGAUGAUGCUCAGCCCCGCCCAGGCCGCCGCCUACAAUUGUUCAGCGCCCCCGAGCUUCAACAAUUUCGAUGUGAACUCGUGCUGCCGCACACCGGAAAUCAAUUUGGGCAACGUGCCACAGAAAUGUCAGCAGCACGUGAACCAACUGAAGUCAGCCAAUCCCAAAUAUCCAGCCUAUGCGCAUCUGUGCUAUCCGGAGUGCAUCUAUAGAGAGACUGGCGCCCUGAUCAAUGGCCGCUUGCAAAUGGACAAGGUGCGCGAGUACUUGCAGGAGCAUGUGCAUCGACGUGACCGCGAGGUGGUGCCACACAUUGUGCGCUCCUUUGACACAUGCCGCAAAAACAUUCACGGCCAUUUGAAGGCCGCCAAUCUGGAGAGCUAUAAAGUGCUGCCCCAAGGCUGUUCGCCCUAUGCAGCGAUGCUCUACAGCUGCGUCAAUGCGGAAACCUUUCUCAACUGCCCCGCCAAGCUGUGGAAAUCGGACGAAAAAUGCCUGGUGGCCAAGGAAUUCGCCCAGCAAUGCAAUCCACUGCCCCACGUGCCGCUGCCCAUGAGCUGAGCUGACCUGAAAAUAUUUUGAAAUUUGACUAUAUAUAAAUAUAAAAUAU